UUGUGGUCACGUACAUAUUUCAUUAAUAUUUUUGUCUUGGUAGUAAAUGAAACGAUAACAGGAAAUUUUCCUACAGUGGAUACGUGUGUAAUUGGAGAAGUGUUUUGUUUUGUAAAAAGCAUAUAUUUAGUAACGGGUGAUGGGAAAUAGUAAUGAAUUCCCAUGCAUUUUGGUGUACGUGAGUCGUUCUGUUAUUGUUUUGGUCAACCAACUCGAUCCACGUACAAUAUUCUCGUAUUUUCUGCUCCAUGUCAUGUAUCCUCUUAUGCACAAAGCUUAUGUAGAGAAAGUCCAGUAUUUCUGAUCAACGGUUACUAGUACAUGUCUAUGUGAAUGCUGCCAGAGUUUCUGGAAACGUGACUCACUCCGGGUUUCCUCCAGAUUUUCAUAGAAAGUUUCAUGAAAUCCAUCCUUUAUAACGGCAAAGUUUGUUACAGUUCGGAGGUAGGCUGCUCGUGAGGGAAGUUAGAAAAUGUCACCGGUACUGAAAGUUAAAGCAGCAGAAAGAUUUUUUGAAUUACAGGCAGGGACCUGUGACAGGGACCGAUGGAAUGCGUAACCCAUUUUGUAUGUAAUUAAAUGUUAAUGAUUGUGUUGAAUUUCAACAAUUGUGGAAGCUACUAAAAGUAGUAUGAAUAUUUUAUGGAAAUUGUGAAUAAUAAAAAUUUGCAAAGUUGAUUCAUUUUUUCUCAGAAACAAUAUUGCGGAUAAAUUGUAUUUCAUGCAUCUGAUUCAUACGCAUGGUAGCAUACAAUUUUAACAUAUUUAACAUAUUUUCAUAUUUAAAAUAUGUAAUUUUAACAUGUUUUCGGCAUCAUCACCGAUACGACAUUCAUCUGUUUAUAGUCUGUCUUGUAAUUGUAAUACCUAUCAACUUUGUACUAAAUAAAUAUUUUACUCAUUUUGUCUCCCUCCAAUUUAUCUAAAUACUUAUGUACAUAAACUAUCCAAAUAGUAUAAAUGUUUAAAAUUUAUGUACCACAAUUAAGUUAUUUCCAAACGUUUUUUCAGUAUCCGUUAACUAUUUUUCACAUUUUGUAAGAUUUGUAGGAUUUUCAUUAUCAAUUCAUUUAUUUACUCAAUAAGCAAUUCAUUCAUUUAAUUUAAUUUAUUUUUUACAAUAUAUUUUUGACUCAAUCGCACAUGCACGGUCUUGAUGUGGAAAUUCCACAGUGCAAUGCAUUGUAUGUACGUACAAUACACUCUAAGAAGCUGGGUAUUGAUUCUUAAAAAAUAUCAAUACCAGCAAAUAGUAUUAACAGUUAUUACUAUUAUAGUACUAAUGUGCAGUUUUAAAAUAAUACUGAUAUUUAAAAAAUUAAUACCAGUAGAGUUUAAAACUUAUUUAAUACUGUAAAGUAUUGAUCAAUACUUUUCCAGUAUUGAAAUUAUACCAUGUUUUUAAUGACUCAAGUUUGUCCGUUACCCCACGCGUACCCGGCACAUUCAACUCAGCAAUUCGUCAACAUGAGCUCCACAAAAUUAGUUCGAGUAUCAAAUUCUUUUACAUCAAAAAAAUUAAUUCCAAGUGACGGAAAUUUUGAGGAUUUUGUUACUUCAGUGCGAACGAAAUUCGAUUUAGGGAACGAAGUAAUUAUCCGACUUGAAGAUGAUCAGGGGGCAGAGGUGGACUCGGAUGUUUUUCAUAUUUUAUUAGAAAUUGAAAACAUUCCAAAUAUAGUCUUUAAGUUGGGUGGAGAAGAAUCUCAUCAUAUAACAAUUAAUUUGAAUCCUGACGACAGGAACAGCUCUUCAAGUACCGAGUUAAUGUUCACCCAUUCACCAUCAUCCAAAAUUCAACGGCUGCAACAGGAUGGUUUUAAUCAGGUGCUGGGUAAUUCAAUUAAUGAUAAUCAAGAAAUUAGCAGAGUUGUAGCAGAUUGCAACACAAAAGGGUUUGUCGAUGACAAGUCAGCUGUGAUUCUUGUGCAAGAAUUUGUUUCAAAACUUGUGGAGCUAAAAGGUGAAUCUCCAAGUUCUUCUGACCAAAAGAAUUUGGCGUCAGCAAUUAUUCAAUAUAUUCCAUGUUGGCGAUACGCUGGGUCAACUGAAGGCUUGGAUAUACUUUUUGAUGAAAUUGGACGGUCAGGACUAAUCCAACGGAGAUUGAGGACAAUUCACCAAAAACUGAAAACCACUGAAAAAAAGAAGGAAUUAAGGGCAAAGAAGACACAGCUUGGAACUGGCGGACCUAAACCUAAAACUGCAAAACUGGAUGACAACGUUGACAACGGACAAUAUGACGAGUUAGUUAGGAGUUUAAAUGGCAGCAGUGCAAAAUCGGGAUCCGCAGAAAUAAUUAAACUGGCGCAAGACACCCUCGAGCACAGAAAUUACUUACGACGAGUCAAUCCACAAUCAAUCCUGCUGGUUUAUACAAAAUUUGCGGACUGCGACUUUUUAAUCCGCUUGGAAUUUUCUCUUCUUCAAGGAGAAUCACAAGAAAACUUUACAAGAAUUUGGCCGUCAUUUUCCUCACAGCUGCUGGAGAAAGUGAAAGACUUAAAGCAAUCCCCGUCUUUAUGUAAAUUUCUAACAGAGGAGUCUGAUAAUUGGGACUCUGAAGUAGCAGCACUCUUCGUUCUUCUUUAUUUAAUCCCCCCAGCUGCCCAAGGGAGAGGAAAAGGGAGUCAGUGUACAAUUGAUGAAGCAAAGAAUUUGCUGAUCUCAUUUUAUAAGACUGCAACUCCUCUACCAUCCAUCCUGGAUACUUGGAGCGAGGAUAAGAGACAACCAAACCUUUUGUGUCUUGGAGAAAACAAGAAAACACUUUCUUCCUUUUAUCUCGUUGUAGAUAAAGUACUGCUGCCAAUUGACGCUAAGAAUUCUGCACAAGCAAUUGACCUCCUCUUCAAAUCACACUACGUCUUCGGAGCAGAAUACGACAAGAACUUGCAAGGCCUAUGGAAAUUUCUUCAAGUUUAUAUUUAUAAGGUUGACGUGGACAGUACUGAUCUUUCGGGAAAGGUGAAAAGUGUUUUUACUCAAUUAAGUAAUAUUUUUAAUAAUCUCAUUUAAAAAAAUGUUUACUUGCCCAGUCUGUCAGAUAU